AUACCGUCGGCGAUUGGUGGACUCUUGCUGCACUACGUGCUUGUCUUCCCAUCCGACUACCAGGUGAACCUCACAACACGGCAAGAGCGGUUGGAAUACCUCCAGGAGAAGUUCCGCGACAUACCAGACUUGGCUGUGCAUCUCCGCAUGGUGAUGACAUUUACGCUUCAGGCGCUAUACCUAAUUAAUGCGUACAAAGUCAGCGACAAGGGGACGGUGGUCCCACAACACCUGCUCGAGGACAACACGGUGGAGUGCACCAUUCAACUUCUGUGGGAGAAGUGGUACGAUCACAUCGAUGACGACCCGCCGCAGGACAUUCACGGUCUCUACGGGGACUCGAUGAUUGGGAUGGAGCGGGGCCCGGCAGGGGGCUGA